UCACGUGACUUUUAUUGCUUUUUACAUACACUUGGACUGGAUCUGAGCAGUGAGCAGCUCACAGAGCUGAGUGGGACGAAGUGUGAGAACCUGAGAUUACCGAGUGACACUCGGCCUGAGAGCCUGUGAAACAGAAGUAAAGAAAAUUUAGAUCAUGGCUGCUGUAGAAGCAAAUCAAGUGGAAGCUUCUAUGACCAACUCCUCUCAGUAUAGUCGAGUGUGCUAUUGGGAUGUGAAUCAAGUGUCCUUAUGGAUAAAAGGACUGAAUGAGUGUUUAGUGUCUCAUGUCCCUCAGUUUGAGGCACAUUGUAUUACUGGUGCUGAUUUAUUGAAGCUAACUCGAUCACAACUGGAAUACUUAAAAGUUACUCAAAUUGGUCAUCAGGAACUUUUAAUUGAAGCUAUUGAAUUACUUGCUUCAGUGGACAAUGCUCGAAGCCGUCAUACUACAAUUUCACUGGCUAGUCUUCUUUCAAAAAGGACAUCUCAGCUUCUUAAAGCUAUUAGCUCCUUUCAACGGCAAAUUGAAGGUGAUGAUAGCCUUUUGUAUUGUAUUGAAGCUGGAGUUACGGUAGUGGAGGCAGCAAAAUUUUUGAUUGGCUGGCUAGACAGAUUUCCUACAAAACUGAUAGAAUGCUAUGAAGACUUUCGUUUACAGUUAUUGAGUUGCUGCAUGAACCUUGCAAGAGUCCUGGAUUGUGAUGAUACAGAUUUUAAUGAAGUUUCCAAUGUUUGUUCACAAAUACUGCAACUCACUAAUGACUUAAUGACACCUGAGCAAUUUACUAAACCAGACUCAGUUUCUUUAUCAUCAGUGACUUUAAUACCUCAUUUGUCUAAAGGUUUGGGGUUUAGUAUUCAAAGAAGUAGACGAGGGGCUCUAGUUGUCAGUCAUAUUGAAGAUGAUAGUCCUGCUGCAAGAUCCGGGAAGAUGUAUGAAGGAGUGGAACUUAUACAAAUCAAUGAUCAGAAUGUGGUUAGUUGGGAAGUGAAGAAUGUAGUUAAGUCAUUAAAAGCAAGUGGCAGUGAAGUGUCUCUAUUACUAAGAGUCAGUGACACUAAAAUAUCAAGUCAAACAAGUAGAAGACAAUCUGCUGAUGCUUCUGGUAACAGUCGUCAUUCACUGGAAAGAGUUCACACAUCAGAAAGUUUCCAAAGUUUUAAGGAUGAAACUGAUGGAAGGAAAUCUGAUAGCAAAGCAUAUGUGUCACAAGCUGAUGACAGUACUAAUAGUACUGGUAAUGAACCAGCAGUUGCAUAUGAAACUAAAGUAAUUGGUGGUGUUGUUCAUAAAAUUGCAAUACAGCCGAAAUCAAACACAAAAGUCCGCAGUACUUCAGGAAAUGCAAAGCAGCUUUCGUCUCCAGUAAAAGAACCCCAUGCUGUACCUACUUCAAAAUUUAGCUCAGAUGAAGAAGUGGAAGGCAUAUCAAACCAAGAAAGCUCUAUGACAAUUGAAAGUCAAUCAGUUUUCUUUCAAGGGGAUAAAGGAUUAAAGAAAAAAACUAAUCCUGCAUUACUGAUACCAUGUUUCCAAUUGAAAGAUCCAGAUUUUCAAGGCUGGGUUCAUAAACUAGGAGGCACUGGUCUUACUCCCAAAAACUGGAGGAGAAGAUGGUUUGUGCUAAAAAAUAGCAGGAUAUACUACUAUAAGACUCCCUAUGAUAUUCAAGCGUUAGGAAUAAUUGAUGUUCAUGGAUACAAAGCUGAAAUUACAAGUGAAAUAAAGAAGAAAAAUGCAUUCACAGCAAUGAAAUAUGCUGCUAGGUCAUAUUACUUCUUCACAGAUACGGUAGAUCAAAUGACAAGAUGGAUUGAAGUAAUUAAUGAAAAAAGCCAGUUACAUUUGGAUAGUGAUGACGGUUCAUUCUCUGAAACUAACAUUCCUGGUGAUUCUAUAGAUUCUAGUGAUGAUAAACAAGAUGACAGAUGACAAGGGCAUUAUGGCUUCAAAAUGUAUUGUCACAAUUGUGAUAACCUGAAUGCAAUCCUACUUUUACCAACACUAUACAUUAUUACAUUAACGAAUUAACCUAUAUAUAUUUUAUUGAUAUUCAACCAUUUUAACAUGUUACACUUCACAAAUUCUUAAGGAUUUUAGCAAAC